AUGGGCAAGCUCAUGCUCUCUCCGCCUGAGGGCACGCCUGGCAAGGCAUGGCCCGCAAUCCUCAUCGGCCUAUUCGUCGCCUUCGGAGGUGUUCUUUUCGGAUAUGACACUGGCACGAUCAGUGGUAUUCUGGCGAUGAAGUUCUGGCUCCGAGAAUUCUCUACUACACCCGACCAAACUCUCACAGCUGCCCAAGACUCCCUCAUCGUGUCCAUCUUGUCCGCUGGAACCUUCUUUGGCGCUCUCACCGCCGCGCCGUUCGGUGACUUGCUCGGUCGUCGAUGGGGUCUGAUGGCCUCUGCCGGUGUGGUCUUCAAUCUCGGUGUCAUUCUCCAGACCGCCGCUACUAGGCAGCCCCUCUUCAUCGCCGGACGCUUUUUCGCUGGUUAUGGUGUCGGUCUUGUUUCUGCUUUGAUUCCUAUGUACCAGUCCGAGACUUCGCCAAAGUGGAUUCGAGGUACCAUUGUCGGCGCGUACCAACUCGCUAUCACCAUCGGUCUGUUCCUGGCAGCUAUUGUAAACAAUUCAACCAAGGACCGCGAGGACUCGGGCUCCUACCGCAUCCCCAUCGCGAUACAAUUCCUGUGGUCUUUGAUUCUUGUCAUCGGUCUUUUCUUCCUUCCCGAGACCCCGCGUUUCCUUAUCAAAACAGACCGCUAUGAUGAAGCUGCGAAGUCACUCGCAAAACUGCGUCGUCUGCCCGUAGAUGACCCAGCCAUCAUCGAAGAGCUCAAUGAAGUGCAGGCCAAUCACCUCUAUGAGAUGAGCCUUGGAAAAUCUACCUACGCCGACUGCUUUAAGGGAACGCUUGGCAAGCGUCUUCUUACCGGUUGUGCGCUCCAGGCUCUGCAGCAGCUGACGGGUGUGAACUUCAUUUUCUACUACGGCACCCAGUACUUUGAGAACGCAGGUUUCGACAAUGCGUUCAUCAUUCAGGUCAUUACGAACUCGGUGAACGUCGCUUCUACCUUCCCUGGCCUGUACUUGGUCGAGAAAAUGGGCCGACGCAACCUCCUCUUGAUGGGGGCCAUCGGAAUGUGCGUUUGCCAAUUUAUUGUAGGCGCAGUUGGUAUGACGGCCGAUUCUUCCGUGGACUCCGGCAACGUCAACACUGCCGCCCAAAAGGGCGCUAUCGCAUUCGUCUGCAUCUACAUUUUCUUCUUCGCCAGCUCUUGGGGUCCUGUGGCCUGGGUCGUCACCGGCGAGAUGUUCCCGCUCAAGGCGCGUGCCAAAUGCCUGUCCAUGACCACCGCAAGCAACUGGCUGCUCAACUGGGCUAUCGCGUACUCGACACCAUACAUGGUCAACGAGGACCACGCCAAUUUGCGCUCUAAGGUGUUCUUCGUCUGGGGUAGCUUCUGCUUCGUGUGUAUCGCUUUUGUCUACUUCUUGAUCUACGAGACCAAGGGCCUCACACUCGAGGAAGUCGACGAGCUCUAUGGCGUUGUCAGCCAAGCGUGGAAGUCGAAGCAGUUCCGCCCACAAGUCCAAUUCUCUGAAUUGGACACCCUAGGUGCAGAUGGACACAAGCUGAGCUUAGCCGAAGUAGGUGCGCACCAGGAGAGGAAGAGGAGCAUCCACGACGAGCCGCAGGUUACGGAGAAGGUUUAA